AUGCUCAAGAAUGAGGCAUACUACCUUGGACAUGUCGUUGCUGGAAGCGGUAUGAACCGUACCCGGCUUGAUAGGUACCGCCGUCGAGUGGCGGUUGACUGGGCUCUGAUCAAGAUGUCGGAGAAUAGAACCCGCCGGCAAAUGCAUGGGGAUUGCAUCUCUGGAAACAAGGGGUUCCAGUACUGCAACGCGCCGACCAAUCCUCCAUAUCAAGGUGGUUCAUUCCCGGAUGUCCGCAACGGAUUGAAACUUUAUAAGUCCGGGCGAUCUACUGGCAUGACAGCUUCCGUGCAUCACGGCUUAGAAUCUAUUGAGAUUGCCCGACUCCAAAGCAAGAAGGGAGCCGGAUUCCAUCCCGUCAUCACUUGGGUUAACAAGAUUGCAACUUCCGAGAGCUCCUAUCCAUUUGCAGUUUUGCAGUAG